CCGAAAUCCCCAAAAUCACCCCCGGAUUCAAAAAUACAAAACACCCUCGUUUUUACCACUAUCAUGAAGAAAAAAUAUCCCCCAAUCCACCCAAACGGAGGCUUCCUUUCUUCCGUGAGAAAUAAGGAAGAAACACGCAGGGCCAUUUCCGGCAUUAAAAAAUUCCGAAGCAGCGGACACCUAACCCCCUCCCCAAAACACCAAAGUACAAAGCUCAAUCAUUUGAAUGCCAGCGGUAGGAUCCAAACAGUGAUCCAAAGCUCAGAACUUUCUAGGGUUUACUGAAACCGAUCAGCAGCUCAAGAAAUGCUCGUUUCGGCUCUGUUGACGUCGCUCGGAAUAAACUCCGGCCUCUGUAUCCUGUUCUUCACGCUCUACUCUAUCCUGCGAAAACAGCCCAGCAACUAUGAGGUUUACAUGCCGAGAUUGCUCGCCGAAGGAGAAUCCAACACGUCGAGUAUUUUCAACCUCGAACGGCUGAUUCCGUCACCCGAUUGGGUCAAGACGGCCUGGCAGCUCACCGAGGACGAUUUGUUGUCGUCCUCGGGAUUGGACGCCGUCGUUUUUAUGCGGCUUAUCAAUUUCAGCCUGAGAGUGUUUUUGUUUGCUGGAGUGAUUGGGGUCUUCGUUCUGCUUCCGAUCAACUGCUCCGGAAAUCAGCUUGAGUACGUUGACUUUACCGAUCUGUCGAACAACUCCCUGGACGUGUUUACCAUUUCAAAUGUGAACAAUGGCUCAAGCAAGUUAUGGAUUCACUUUGUUGCUGUGUACCUUGUCACCAUCUUUGUCUGCUGUCUACUUUAUUAUGAGUAUAAAUAUAUUUCUCAGAAAAGGAUCGACUAUUUUCUUUCAUCCAAACCUCAGCCACAUCAGUUCACCAUCUUAGUUCGUAGCAUUCCUGUUUCUGCUGGGAGUGGUGUCAGUGAAAAAGUUGACAGCUUCUUUAGGGAGUAUCACCCUUCAACAUAUCUGUCGCAUAUUGUUGUUCGUCGAACAAACAAGCUUCAAAGUCUCAUUAAUGAUGCGAAAAAACUAUAUACCAGGCUCAUUCACUUGCAAUCAGAUCCCAACCAGCGAAAGUAUAAACGUUCCAGUUGUUUAGGGUUGUUUGGACGCAAGGUUAAUCUUGUGGAUCAUUAUGAAAAGAAGCUUGAAGACAUAGAGGAGAAUGUGAGAUUGGAGCAAUCAGAGGUUUCAUUAGCAGGAGAAGAAGUCCGAUCUGCUUUUGUAUCCUUCAAGUCUCGAUAUGGUGCCGCAGUUGCUCUCCACUUGCAACAAUCAACCAAUCCUACACACUGGGUCACAGAGCAAGCUCCAGAACCUCGGGAUGUUUACUGGCCCUUCUUUUCAUCAUCAUUCCUCCGAAGAUGGAUAUCUAAGCUGGUGGUUAUACUUGCAUGCAUUCUCCUGACGGUCUUAUUCCUCAUUCCUGUUGUAGUUGUCCAAGGUCUUACUAACCUGAACCAGUUGGAAGUUUGGUUUCCCUUUCUCACUAGCGUUCUAACCAUCACAUUUGUUAGUCAAGUCAUUACAGGCUACCUCCCCAGUCUUAUCCUUCUGUUGUUUCUGAAAAUUGUGCCCCCUGUUAUGGAGUUCCUUUCAUCCAUUCAAGGAUUUAUUUCUAACAGUGAUAUACAAAAGAGUGCGUGUUCAAAAGUACUAUGGUUCACAAUAUGGAACAUUUUUUUUGCUACUGUAUUUUCUGGCUCAGUUUUGUAUAAGGUUUCUCUCUUUCUUGACCCCAAGAACAUCCCUUCAAGGCUAGCUAUUGCUGUUCCAGCACAGGCUUCUUUUUUCAUUGCUUAUGUAGUCACUUCAGGAUGGACGAGUACUUCAUCAGAGCUCUUUCGCAUAUUUCCUUUACUCUGGAGUCUAAUAAAAAGACCUUUUACUGACAGUAGAGAUACUGAACUUGAAGUUCCAGGAAUUCCUUAUCAUAGUCACACCCCAAGAAUUCUUUUCUUUGUACUUCUCGGGAUCACAUACUUCUUCCUAGCUCCACUAAUUCUGCCUUUCCUCUUGGUGUACCUCUGUCUUGGAUACAUCAUCUAUCGCAAUCAGUUCAUAAAUGUAUAUGCGCCUCAGUAUGAAACCGCAGGGAAGUUUUGGCCAAUCGUGCACAAUUCAAUGAUAUUUUCUCUGGUACUUAUGCAUGCUAUUGCAGUUGGAAUCUUUACAUUGAAGAAGCUCUCUCUAGCAUCAACCUUAGUUUUUCCUCUUCCGGUAUUAACACUUCUGUUUAAUGAGUACUGCCGGAAACGCUUCCUGCCCAAUUUUGUUGCUUACCCUGCUGAGAGUUUGAUAAGAAAAGAUAGGCAAGAUGAGAACGAUCCUACAAUGCCUGAAUUUUUGGAUGAAUUGAUCAGCUUCUAUCAGGACCCAGCCUUGAUGCCUAUCCACUAUUCUGGGAACAGUGACAGACUUAACAGCCCUCUUUUAUCUUCUGUUCAUCAAGCAGAGGUUUGAGCAUGCCAUGCAGUCUCUACUAAAGAACGAGCAAAGUAAUUACCUAAAUGAUUGUCAACUUCUUAAAGGUAUCUUCUAAGAUUUGAAGUGCUGCAAUAUCCAAUGUAUGUUCCUUGUGUUUAAAGAAUUCACUAGGUAAAUCAUCAUUAGUUACUGUCUUUCUUUGGUCUAAGUCAUCAUCAGUGUCUGCCUCUUUGGUUUCAAAGAUGGUCAAGGGAAGAAGGUCAAUGGUCUAGAUUUUCAUGUCAAGGAUCUUGUCAGUCUUCUUCUCAUGAGUAGUAUGAGCUAAAAUUUAGGAAAAAAGAAAAUUUGCUCUAUCAACUUUAAGAUAGAUAAAUAUAUCUGAUUCUUCCCCUUUAUAUAGCAGAUUGUCAAAAGCUUCUCCUUUUCAUUUGCCACAUUGCAUGAGAGAGAGAGAGAGAGAGAGAGAGAGAGAGAGAGAGAUGUUUCAGAAUGAUUCUAAUUUGAGUUUUACUAUUAUACAGUGAUGGAUUGAAUUCUUUUCAAAUUGAUUUGAAAAAUAUGCAUAUGAAUUUCACUGUUCCAAGUUAUAUUUGAAUGAAGCUGGUUCUGUAACCUGUUCUGCAAAUACAGAUCAGCUGUGGCCCAAAUCUGUCCUUAUGACUUCAGCCAUCUUUGUAAACAUCAUAUACAACAUUAAACAUUAAACAUUUAAUUAAAGAAUAUAAUUAGUUUUCUAA